AUGAAUGAGAAAUCAUACCAUAACGAUCCACUCUCCGCUUGGCACUCGGGGCGUGCUGUUGGUUCAUUGCCGGAAACGGGAGCUUCCAUUGCAUCCAAGGAUGGAUUUUGGGAGAACAUGGACACCGGAAGCACGCGCAAGCAAGAUGGUGCUGGGCUUGUAGCCCCGUUGACUGCGACUUGGCGCCGGCGACGCGGCGAAAUAAAAGGUCUUGCUUGCCUCUGCAUUUGUUUGGCUUUGUGGAUGGGUGACAUUCCGAACUUGCUGGCUCAAACGAUCGGUCGGGCUGGUAAAUCUAUGCAAAGACCUAUGGCUCCGACUCCGGAUCGUACAUUACGAUUUACAGAGGAUGGAAAUUUUCAAAUAAGUAUCUUUGAAGACCUACAUUUUGCUGAAAAUUCGCAUAAAGAUGUCCUUACGCAGAAAGUAAUUUCACAUGUUCUCUCUAAGGAGAAGCCACAACUUGUGGUGAUAAAUGGAGACUUGGUCUCGGGCGAACAAACCAAAAGCUCCGAUUCAAACAAAUAUGUUCACCAAGUUGUCUCUCCAUUGGUCAAGAAGGGUUAUGUAUGGGCUUCUACCUACGGAAACCAUGAUAGCAACCCAAAUCUAGAUCCAUGGCAAGAUGUGUAUGACCAGGAAAGAAAGUACCCAAAUAGCUUGACGCAAAGCAUGGUCUCGGACCCAGAUGCUGGGGUUACAAACUAUUACUUGCCGGUUUAUCCUUCUGAUGAAUCUGAGAGCGAGAUUCCCGCUCUGAUACUAUGGUUCUUUGAUUCAAAGGGUGGGCGUGUAGCUUCCAAUCGAAUUUCCAAACGUGAAGAAGAUGAAGAUGACGACGAUGUCGAUGCUGAUUCAAGCAAUAGGCCCGACUGGGUACACCAAUCGGUAACCGACUGGUUUACCAAGACAAAUGCCAAUCUGCACGACAAAUACGGCAAGGUCGUUCCAUCUUUGGCUUUCUACCAUAUCCCUGCGGAUGCGAUGCGCGCAUACCAAGACGAUGGAGUAGAUCCAAACAGGGCUCCUGGUAUCAAUGGUGAGACAGUGGUUCAGCAAGGAUCCGGUGAUACACCUUAUGUAGGCCAGGAUACAGAGUUCAUGCGUGCUCUUCUGAAUACAUCCGGCCUUAUGGCUACAUUCAGCGGCCACGAUCAUGAGAACGAUUGGUGUUUCAAGUGGGAUGGCAGCACUGUUGCCCAAAACCUGUCUGGAAAUGGACUCAAUAUGUGCUACGGCCGCCAUACCGGUUAUGGAGGGUAUGGUGAUGCUGCACGUGGUGGAAGACAAAUCGUCAUCAAUGAGGAAACCGUGGAAGAUGAAGUUGAGACGUGGAUUCUAUUGGAAGAUGAUACAAUCACAGGGCAUGUUACAUUGAAUGGAACAUAUGGGCAGGACAAAUACUCACCUGGUAUCCGGCGACUCGGGGAAUCAAUAGAGAUGGAAAGUAGUGGAAUUUCUAAUCUCCAUCCCUCAGAGUCUCUGUCAUCCAUGGUAUAUCUUUGGUUUCCAGUUAUUAUGUUCCUAUUCUGGAAACACUGA